AUGCAACUUUCUUUUUCUUUCUUUCUUUCUUUCUUUCUUUUUCUUUCUUUCUUUCUUUCUUUCUUUCUUUCUUUGUACAUAAUUUCUUUCUUUCUUUUUCUUUCUUUUCACACCACGCCUUUAUUCUUUCUUUCUUUCUUUCUUUCUUUGUCCUUAAUUCUGUCCUUUUCUUUCAUUUCUUUUUUGUGUGUUUUCUACUUUAUUUCAUGCAACUUUUUCUUUCUUUCUUUCUUUCUUUCUUUCUUUGUACAUAAUUUCUUUCUUUCUUUUUCUUUCUUUUCACACCACGCCUUUAUUCUUUCUUUCUUUCUUUCUUUCUUUCUUUCUUUGUCCUUAAUUCUGUCCUUUUCUUUCAUUUCUUUUUUGUGUGUUUUCUACUUUAUUUCAUGCAACUUUUUCUUUCUUUCUUUCUUUCUUUCUUUCUUUCUUUCUUUCUUUGUACAUAAUUUCUUUCUUUCUUUUUCUUUCUUUUCACAUCACGCCUUUAUUCUUUCUUUCUUUUUGUCCUUAAUUCUGUCGUUUUCUUUCAUUUCUUUUUUGAGUGUUUUCUACUUUAUUUCAUGCAACUUUUUCUUUCUUUCUUUCUUUCUUUCUUUCUUUCUUUCUUUCUUUCUUUCUUUCUUUGUACAUAAUUUCUUUCUUUCUUUUUCUUUCUUUUCACACCACGCCUUUAUUCUUUCUUUCUUUCUUUCUUUCUUUCUUUCUUUCUUUCUUUCUUUCUUUCUUUGUCCUUAA